GGUGUGUGAAUGACAGUUCGGGCUGCUGAUGUAAGCCAGCUUCAAUGUGGUGUAGUCAGUAUACCCAUUGUUUUACUCAAGGGCGUAGCAGCCAUGGGGGACGUGGGAGACACAUCUCCCGCACUCUUUAAAAAGUGAGGUGAUUGCUGCAGAAUCAGUGGCAUGUCUGAAUAAAGCGCUUUGCCAUCUAAAAGAUAUCUGGGAGGAGAUCGGCAUUCCAGAAGAUCAGCGAUUAGAGAGAACAAAUGUGGUUAGGAAUCAUGUCAAAGGUCUUCUGGACAUGAUGAUUGCAGAGGAGGAGAGUCUGCGGAGACGUCUGAUGACUAGUAUUGAGACAUGUCGCAAAGAGUUGAGUAAACUGUGCUCGGAAUUGCAGCUUUCCCCAUUACAGGAGGAGAGAUGUAAUACAAUGCUCCAGCAGGAAAAAGACCUCCGGAGCCGUGUUGAACUGAUGUUAAAAGAGAAAAACCAGAGAAUGCAAGCCCUCAAAGCCUUUACAGAACAGGAUCAGGAUCUCUGUGACAAUCUCUGCUCCAAGCCAUUUUCUAUCUCUGCCAGUUCUGUCCCCUCUCUAGAACAUCUGGAGACCUUUCGUCAACACAUCUCCAGCCUCACCGCUGAGAAGGAACGAAGACAUACCGAAUUUGUCCAACUGAAAAAGCAGAUCAUACUUUGCAUGGACGAUCUAGAACAAUUGCCUGAGACUAGUUUUGAAAAGGAUGUAGUAUGUGAAGACGAAGAGAGUUUUUGCUUGUCCAAAGAAAACAUUGAUUCACUCAAAAUCCUCCUUCACCAGUUGGAGAGCAGGAAGGCAGAGAAUGAGUGCAUUUGUGGCUCUUAUCGAGAGAAGAUCCAGGAACUUUGGGAGAGGUUGCAGAUUCCACAGGAGGAGCGUGAUGCCAUUUCUGAAAACAUGGCCCUGUCAAACAAAAGAAAUAUGGAAGCUCUACAAUCGGAGGUCAAACGUCUUGAGGAACUGAAGCUUAAAAAUAUCCAAAAUGUUACUGUGGCCAUUCGGAAGGAGAUUGCAGUGUUCUGGGAUAUGUGCUUUUUUAGUGCUGACCAACGGCAAGCUUUUGUGCCCUAUUAUAAUGAUGAUUACAGCGAAGAACUUCUGAGCUUACAUGAUGCAGAAACUGUGCGUCUCAAACAGUAUUAUGAGGAUCAUAAAGAACUCUUUGAAGGUGUUCACAAUUGGGAAGAGAGUUGGAAACUUUUCUUAGAGCUUGAAGAAAAGGCCAAAGACCCAUCUAGAUUUACCAACAGAGGAGGAAACCUUCUAAAGGAGGAGAAACAACGGGCUGACCUGGUCAAAGGCCUCCCAAAGCUUGAAAAGAAGCUGAAGGCCGAGAUUGAGCAGUGGGAGCAGGAACAGAACAGAGAGUUCCUGGUGAAUGGUCAGAAGUUUAUGCAGUUUGUUGCUGAUCAGUGGGAGUCGUACCGGCUGGAGAAGGAGCGGGAAAAACAGGAACGGCAACUAAAGAAGACCAAGCAGACUGAGUCGGACAUGGUCUAUGGCACUGUGGUGCGGACUCCGACUAAACGAAGAUUUCUGGGCAGCACAACGCCUUGUAAAGCACGAAAACUAAACGCUACCUCCAGUACUGGCACCUCUAACAGCACUAUUCGAUCUGUCUUUGGUGGUACUGUCUGUCACUCUCCUAUAUCGCGCCCUCAGAUUUCAGCAAGCAAGCAGGGUAAUGCAGUGAAGACUCCAGUCCAUGGUAAACCUCCUCAUCCGGGUAUGCUAGAGCGCAAUAAGGAGAAUAUCUGUCAUCUUACUGGUGGUGUAGGUGGGGUUAUGAAGGUCCCAGCAAGUCCACGGCGUAACUUCAGCAUUAACUCUGUUGCGAGCACCUAUUCAGAAUUUCAGCGAGACCUCUCCAAGUCAUCUAAAUCAAAACACAUGCCUGAAAUCCUGAACUCAACCAUCAUUCAACUGUAACUCUGCUGCAGACAACACUUGCUAUUAGGUCUGGAAACUGAUAAAUGAUGGCUUUUGGGUUCUUGUUCUUUAUAACUAUAGCUAUGCAUUUUGUAUGUAAAUGAAGGUAAUUUAUAUUUAAAUGUUUCUGAGGGAUUCAUGUAUGUUCACUUUAACACUUGGAAAAGCACUGUUUUAUGUAGCCUGUAAUUUAACAAAUGUUAAUGUACAUUUUAACGCUACUGGUCAGCUGUACCAAGCAUUUUAAAGCUUAAAAAUAUAUUUUAAGAGCUGUUUCUCAGUAUUGGCCUCAUUACAAAGCACAGUGUAUUUUAUGAAAUGCUUUUUAAUGUUUUGCACAAUUUAUUGUAAAAAGUUUUUAUUGCAUUCUUUGUAGUAUUAAACAAUUCACUACUGUACAUAAAAGUUAACCUUUAAACAUUC